AUGGAUCAUAAAAAUGAAAUACAACUUUCUUCAGUUCCUCAAACCAAAAUAGGUUUCCAAAAAGACAUCAUUUCACAACCUCAAAUACACAACAAGGGUGGUUUCAUUACCAUGCCUUUCAUCAUAGCAAAUGAAUCACUUGCUAGAGUUGCAACAUUAGGAUUAUUGCCAAAUAUGAUACUUUAUUUGAUGGGAAGUUAUAAUCUACAUUUGUCUAAAGCUACUCAUAUACUCCUUUUAUCUGUUGCUACCACCAAUUUCAUGCCUCUUAUUGGUGCUUUCAUUGCUGAUUCUCAUCUUGGUCGGUUCCUUGCUGUUGGUUUAGGUUCCAUCAUCACUUUCAUGGGAAUGGUACUCUUAUGGCUAACAGCCAUGAUCCCACAAGCAAGGCCUCCUCCUUGCAAUCCAGCAACUGAAAAAUGCAUAUCUGCAACAACCGCACAAAUGACGAUGCUAAUUUCUUCCCUUGCUCUUAUGUCCAUUGGAAACGGCGGUCUUCAAUGCUCCAUAGCAUUCGGCGCGGACCAGGUGAAUAGAAAAGACAAUCCUAAUAACCAGAGAGCCUUGGAAAUAUUCUUCAGCUGGUAUUAUGCUACCUCAGCUAUUUCUGUCAUAAUUGCUUUCACAGGAAUAGUUUAUAUCCAAGAUCAUCUCGGAUGGAAACUCGGUUUCGGAGUUCCUGCAGCACUUAUGUUCUUUUCAACUUUCUUCUUUUUUCUCGCUUCUCCACUUUAUGUAAAGAAUAAAACAAAUAGCAGCUUGUUCACUGGCUUUUUACAAGUGGUUGCUGCGGCUUAUAAGAACAGGAAGCUUCGACUACCACCUAAGAAAUCGGAUGGAAUGUAUCAUCGAUCGAAGGAUUCUGAACAUAUCGUUCCAACUGAUAAACUAAGGUUUUUGAAUAAAGCUUGUUUAGUUCGAAGUCCAGAAAAAGAUAUAGCGUCCGAUGUAGCGGCCUCGGAACCUUGGAGUUUAUGCACAAUUGAUCAAGUAGAAGAAUUCAAAGCUAUUAUCAAAGUCAUUCCUUUGUGGUCUACGAGUAUCAUGAUGUCGCUUAACAUUGGAGGCUCGUUCGGAUUGCUGCAAGCGAAAUCCUUGAACAGACACAUCACUCGAAACUUCGAAGUUCCAGCCGGUUCUCUAUCUGUAAUAAUGAUAUUCACAAUAUUUAUAUGGAUAGCUCUUUAUGAUCGCGUCUUUAUUCCACUAGCCUCGAAGUUACUUGGCAAACAAGUUAGGAUUAGUGCCAAGUCAAGAAUGGGACUUGGAUUGUUUUUCUCUUUUCUACACUUGGUGACAGCAGCAUUCGUCGAGACAAUAAGGCGAAGAAGAGCGAUCGCAGAAGGAUACGGUAAUAGUCCUCAAGCUGUGUUGAACAUGUCUGCAAUGUGGCUUUUUCCUCAACUUUGCUUAGGCGGUAUAUCCGAAGCAUUCAAUGCUAUAGGCCAAAAUGAGUUCUACUACACCGAAUUUCCCAAGACUAUGUCGAGCAUUGCUUCGUCUCUUUUCGGACUAGGAAUGGCCGUUGGAUACGUGAUAUCGUCUUUUUUGUUCAGCAUUGUUGAAAGGGUUACAUCAAAAGGCGGAAAAGAUGGUUGGAUUUCGGAUAAUAUUAACAAGGGUCGAUUCGACAAGUACUAUUGGGUUAUUGCCGCGGUGAGCGGUGUUAAUGUACUGUAUUAUUUAGUAUGCAGUUGGGCUUAUGGAGAUACUGCUGAUGUAGAAUCAAAGGUAAGUGAAGAAAAUGAUUCAAAUGAGGAAGAAUUGCCAUUAAUUGAGUUAAGAAAUGAGGGAUCAUAUGGCAAGAAUAGGUUAGUGAAGAAGUCUUAA